UUUGCAAAGUCAGCAAGCUACUGGGGCACAGCUGGGCUACCGUCUGUCGGAGGCACUGGGCAAUGACCCCGAGACGCCAGGCCAGAGUGGUCUGAAGCCAUUCAGGAAAUCAGGAGGAGUCCUGGGGAAGAUGGCCAUGGCCCCAGGCCCUUCACUGGCACAGGUGUAUGCUAGCCCCGGGGUUGUGGCCGUGUGGGAAUGGCAGGAUGGGCUGGGCACCUGGCACCCCUACAGCGCUGCCGUCUGCACCUACAUCGAGCAGCAGUUUGUCCAGCAGAAGGGCCAGCGCUUCGGGCUCGGGAGUCUGGCCCACAGCAUCCCCCUGGGCCAGGCUGACCCCUCGCUGGCCCCGUAUAUCAUCGACCUCCCCAGCUGGACCCAGUUCCGCCAGGACACUGGCACCGUGCGGGCUGUCCGGAGGCACCUGUUCCCCCAGCUCUCAGCCCCAGGCCGAGGCAUAGUCUGGGAGUGGCUAAGUGACGACGGCUCGUGGACCGCCUAUGAAGCCGGCGUCUGUGACUACCUGGAGCAGCAGAUGGCCCGGGGCAGCCAGCCCGUGGACCUGUCUCCCCUGGGCUACAACUACACAGUCAACUACGCCACCCGCACACAAACCAAUAAGACUUCCAGCUUCUGCCGCAGCGUGCGGCGCCAAGCAGGGCCCCCUUACCCAGUGACCACCGUCAUCGCUGCACCGGGCCACACAGGAGUCGCCUGCUCUUGCCACCAGUGCCUCAGCGGCAGUGGAACUGGCCCUGUGUCAGGCCGCUACCGCCACUCCAUGACUAACCUCCCUGCAUACCCCCUCCCCCAGCCCCCACACAGGACCGCUGCUGUCUUUGGGGCCCAUCAGGCCUUUGCCCCGUAUAACAAACCCUCACUCUCUGGGGCUAGGUCUGCACCCCGACUGAAUACCACCAGCCCCUGGGGCGGGGUCCCGCCCGCUUUGGGGAGCCAGCCACUCUACCGUUCCAGCCUCUCCCACCUGGGACCACAGCACCUGCCGCCAGGAUUGUCCGCUUCCGGUGCAGCCAGUGCCUCAUUCCCCAGUGGUCCCUCGAGCAGUCCUGGGAGCAUGCCCGUCACUGUGCCCGUGCAGAUGCCAAAGCCCAGCAGGGUCCAGCAAGCGCUCGCAGGCAUGACGAGUGUUCUGAUGUCAGCCAUUGGACUCCCCGCGUGUCUUAGCUGCGCACCCCAGCCCGCCAGCCCUCCCGCCUCCUGUCUGGCCUCUAAAAGUCACAGCUCAGUUAAGAGAUUGAGGAAAAUGUCCAUGAAAGGAGGGACUCCAAAGCCAGAGCCAGAGCAGGUGAUAAGAAACUACACUGAAGAGCUGAAAACCCCCCCUGAUGAGGACUGCAUCAUCUGUAUGGAGAAGCUGGCCAUGGCGUCUGGGUACAGCGACGUGACUGACGGCAAGGCCCUCGGGCCCGUGGCUGUGGGCCGCCUCACCAAGUGCAGCCACGCCUUCCACCUGCUGUGCCUGCUGGCCAUGUACUGCAACGGGAACAAGGAUGGAAGUUUGCAGUGCCCUUCCUGCAAGACCAUCUAUGGAGAGAAAACGGGAACCCAGCCCCGAGGGAAGAUGGAGGUGUUACGGUUCCAGAUGUCACUCCCAGGCCAUGAGGACUGUGGGACGAUACUCAUAGUUUAUAACAUUCCUCACGGCAUCCAGGGCCCUGAACACCCCAACCCAGGAAAGCCGUUCACCGCCAGAGGGUUUCCCCGCCAGUGCUACCUUCCAGACAAUGCCCAGGGCCGCAAGGUCCUGGAGCUCCUGAGGGUGGCCUGGAAGAGGCGACUCAUCUUCACGGUAGGGACGUCCAGCACCACAGGCGAGACCGACACCGUGGUGUGGAACGAGAUCCACCACAAGACAGAGAUGGACCGCAACGUGACGGGCCACGGCUACCCUGACCCCAACUACCUGCAGAACGUGCUGGCCGAGCUGGCGGCCCAGGGCGUGACCGAAGACUGCCUGGGGCAGCAGUGACUGCCAGCUCCGCUACCCCUGCCUUGGUGGCCGCCCCGCUCUCCUUGGCUGGUGGGGCUGCCCCUGGGUGGGCCGGCAGGAGGGUGCCUGUCCUGAGAGGCUGGAUGUUCGCUGGGGCACAGGGUGUGCUCCCCCUGAAGCCAGGGCUUCCCCUGCCUGCUGCUCCCUCCGCCCCUCCAGGCUCGGGUCUGUUGGGAGUUGGGCAUCCCUGGGCAGUGGCGCCUCUGGGGCUUAAGAUGCAGCUACCUCAGGGCACGGGGCCCCUCUGUCCUUCAGGGGCUGCUUUGGGCCCACUGUGCCUCGGGCCUGGCAUGGGGCGAGUCGACACUGCCCCAGCCUGGGCGGGCAAAAGUUCUGGGUCAGCUUCUCAUACCUCAGAUGUUGUUUGCAAUAAAUGCUCUACAGCCAAAGCCA